AUGGACGAGGAGAUGUUCCAGGAGCUGCUGCGACUGGUGACACCUCUCAUUCAGAAGCAAGAUACGAACAUGCGGCAGGCCAUAUCUGUGCAGGACCGGCUGUUGGCUACCCUGCGCUACGUGGCUACAGGGAGAUCGCUGCAGGACCUGAAGUUCAGCACCCUGAUCUCCCCUCAGGCUUUGGGGCUCAUCAUUCCGGAGACCUGCAAGGCCUUGUACACCGUCCUUAAAAAGGACUACUUUAAGGUUCCUGCCUCUGCCGAGGAGUGGAGAGUCAUUGCUGAGGAUUUCGAAAAGAGCUGGCAUUUUCCCAGUUGUGGAGGAGCAAUUGAUGGGAAGCACGUGCGCAUAACACCUCCUUCCAAGAGUGGCUCGCUUUACUACAACUAUAAGGGCUUUUUAAGCAUAGUCCUCAUGGCAAUUGUCAAUGCCAACUACGAAUUUAUUUUCAUAGAUGUUGGCAAAAAUGGGAGAGCCUCAGAUGGGGGUUCAUUAAAAGACACCGCUUCUAUCGGCGGCUCCUCACACAGCAAGCAGGGGCUGAAUUUUUUAGUUGUAGGAGAUGAAGCCUUUGCUCUGCAUGAAUACAUUCUAAAACCCUACCCUCACAAUUAUUUGAGGUGCAAAAAAACACCAACCAGGCCACCACCUACAGCACUGCCAAUAGACAAGCCACGCAAUCCUGACCCUGCCAGGUGGCCUAGUGUGGAAACACCUGCAGGAUAUAACUCACAAGCCACCAAUGCAAAGGCCAAAAAAGUCAGGGAGGAGUACAUGGCCUAUUUUAAUGGUGUGGGGGCAGUGGACUGGCAGGACGCUGCAAUUGAGUUAAUGUCUUUCCGGGAUUGUUUACUAUCUGUGGUGAAAUAA